AGUGUCCACCGAAUUCCUCAGCGCUCUCUCACACUCCUCUACGGCCACGACUCCGGGGGUGGGGAAACAGAGCGCCGGGUUCCUUCCCUCCCGCAGACGCCCUCGCGGUUCCUUCUCACAACGCUGCGAAGGCGAAGGGGUGUGCGACCCAACCAGACCCCCGGCUUCAGCUCCCAACGCGAGGUGGCUGCUCCACACUCCACACUUGGGGGCCCAUUGGCGUUGGGGUCUCUCUCUCUCUUCUCUUUCUCCUCCCCCCCUUUCCUCUCUCUCUCAUCCUCUCCCCCAAAAUGUCCACCGGCUCCCUCAGCGACGUGGAGGACCUUCAAGAGGUGGAGAUGCUGGACUGCGACGGGCUGAAAAUGGACUCGAACAAGGAGUUUGUGACCUCCAACGAGAGCACCGAGGAGAGCUCCAACUGCGAGACCGGGUCUCCGCAGAAGGGCCGCGGCGGCCUGGGCAAGAGGAGGAAGGCGCCCACCAAGAAGAGCCCCUUGAGCGGGGUCAGCCAGGAGGGCAAGCAGGUCCAGCGCAACGCGGCCAACGCGCGCGAGCGGGCGCGGAUGCGGGUGCUGAGCAAGGCUUUCUCCAGGCUCAAGACCACCCUGCCCUGGGUGCCCCCGGACACCAAGCUCUCCAAGCUGGACACGCUCAGGCUGGCGUCUAGCUACAUCGCCCACUUGAGGCAGAUCCUGGCUAACGACAAGUAUGAGAACGGGUACAUUCACCCGGUCAACCUGACGUGGCCCUUUAUGGUGGCCGGGAAACCCGAGAACGACCUGAAAGAAGUGGUGACCGCGAGCCGCUUAUGCGGAACCACGGCGUCCUGACCUUGGAGGUGCGAGUCUGGGAAAGGCGCGCUCCCGGGGGGAGCGGGCCUCGGGAGGGCGAGCGCUGCCCUCCUUGCUCUCUGUCUCUGCUUCUCCCUCGCAACGCUCCUCUCCCUGUCCCACCCCGCGAGAACACUUUACUGCGACGAGGAGAUUCGUUUCCAAACCAGAGGAGAUCAACUGUCCUUACAGAUUCCCACCUAUUUAACUUUAUUAACUUCUACCGUGAAUGACUCUGCGAGCCUUGCUGGUCCAAGUGCAAUAUGUAAUUAUAAAUAUAUAAAUAGAUAAUAAGAGCCUAUCAAUGUGUAUCUUUUGUACAAUAUGUUGUAAAAUGUAGGUCAUAGAAUAGCUGACUUUGACAGUCACAUUUAUAAAGUAAUUCACUUAAAGAUAUAUUUUUUUCAAACAAGUUUUGCUACUUUCGAAAAUAAAUCUUUCUUUAUAUUA